GCCUCCGCCAGGUCAAGAUCGCACAUGCUCGAUCCUCCCAGUCCUCGAUAUCACACCUUUCAGAUGAAGACGGAGAGCUGCAUCUGCGUCGGAUGCUGUGAACCAAUCACGGACAAGUACUUGCUGCAGGUAUCCGGAAGGCCGUGGCACACUGGCUGCCUCAGGUGUUCCGUCUGUCAGCUCGCUCUGGAUCGAGAAGCUUCCUGUUUCGUCCGCGACCACUCUGUCUACUGUAAGCAGGACUACGCCAAAAGUUUCGGAGCAAAGUGCUCUAAAUGUUCGCGCAGCAUAUCCUCGAGGGACUGGGUACGAAAGGCGAGGGAACACGUCUACCACUUGGCCUGCUUCGCCUGCGAGGCCUGCAAGAGGCAGUUGUCCACCGGCGAAGAGUUCGCCCUCCACGAAGACAGGGUACUCUGCAAGGCACAUUACAUGGAGACGGUAGACGGGGCCACGACGUCCUCUGAUGAAGGAGGUGACAGCGAGUCCUACCACAACAAGAGCAAGGCGAAGCGAGUCCGGACGACGUUCACCGAGGAGCAGCUCCAAGUCCUGCAGGCCAACUUCCAGCUGGACUCGAACCCGGACGGCCAGGACCUCGAGAGGAUCGCCCAGAUCACAGGGCUCUCCAAGAGGGUCACCCAGGUCUGGUUCCAGAACUCGAGGGCGCGGCAGAAGAAGCACAUGCACACCGGAAAGCUGAAGGGGAGCCAAUUGUCUGAGACUUCUUCUUUGGAUGAGCUCUCUCAGGAAUCGAUGCUGAUGUGCCCGAUGCGCGGCGAAGGAGGAGUAUGAAAUCAAGAAGGCGGUGAGUCUCCGGGGUCACGUCACUGAGCACCACCGCCUCCUGAAUCAGCAUCGAUAGCGCGCAACUAUCGAUUAUCUUAUGUUGGCUAAGUCGCUGCCUUCCGUAUCGAUAACUCAAAAGUAUUUUAAAUAUUAGUGUAAUAUGCUUAGUGCUGUAAAAAUUAUGUAAGAAAAAUGUUAUAUGGUUUUGUCAGAAUAAUAUUGUGUAUCAGACAUAACAUGAAAAUGAAUUUAUUGUGUUGAGUUUUAAAUCAAAAGAUAUUUAUCAAUUGAACCUUAUUUAUUGAACAUUUAUAGAUUUUAGGACGAUAUUGUCGAAUAAUCCAUGUUUUAUAAGCUUAUGCAGGCGAUAGUCGAAUGACUUGGAAAUAAACUGUGACAUUCAUAAAUAAUAAAAAAAUCCGUAUAGUUUCGGACAUGUAGAAAUUUAAAAACAAAUUGCUUAUCAACGAAACUAUAUAUUACUAUAUAUUUUGCUAAUUUAACAUCCAUUGUUUCAGUUUAUUUUCAAGGAUUGUAGAUAUGUUAGAAAAAUGUAAUCUGUAUAAAUCAUAUUGUAAAUAUAUCUGUAAAUGUAAUCUAGUAACUGUAAACAUUGUACACUACAUGUAAAUUAACUAUACAUUGUAAAUAAAAACAGUUAUAUGAUGUAAUUAUAUUGAUUGUAUAAAGAGUGUAAAUGAUUACACGAUCUGUCGAAUGUCUUAAGCAGCAUCAUGAGAUGUUUGUUUAUAAGUGCAAUAUAGUCCUGUAUUAGUUGAA